AUGUCACUCAUACUGAAUAUCUUAAGAGAGAUGCUGGAAUAUUUUGGUGUUCCCAUAGACCAGGUUUUGCAGAUUAGAGAAAAUAAAGACUAUGGAUCAGCUCGGAGUAUUGUUCGUCUUAUUGGGAAAAUUCUUCCUCUAGAACCUUGUCCCAGGCCUAAUUUUGAGUUGAUCCCUCUAUUGAACUCUGUAGACCCUGGUAACUAUGGAUCUGUAGUUCCAUCUUUUGCUGAUACUUUGCGUGUGGCAAAUGAUGAAGAAGGCAGUUAUCUCAGAUUUCGAAAUAGCAUAUGGAAAAAUGAAGAAGAGAAGAAAAUGGAAUUUUUCCAUCCUUUGCCACCAGUUUGGAAUCCAUUGCUGCCUGCUCCAAGACAGAAUAAACGGACCAAAAUCGAUGGGCCUGUAAAUGAAGCUGCAAUUAAAAAAAUAGCUGCCCUCGAAGAUGAGCUGACUUUUCUUCGCACUCAGAUCGCUGCAAUUGUGCAAAUGCAGGAACUGAAAAACCGUGCAAACGCUGGCCUCUUUGACUUGAACAGCGAACCUAGCAGAUUGGGACAAAGGCCAUCGCCAGGAACUGCUGAACUGAGUGUCAAACCAGAUCCAUUUUCAAGUUCAGUGUUCUUCCCUCCACCUGCUCCUCCUCCUCCAGUGCCCCCUCAGCUUUCUUCUCCGCAACGUCCGUGUUCGCUCACAUGGCCAGGAACUAAUAAUACAUGUAACUCAGAUAACUCAGCAAAUGAAGUGAAAAGACAGCAGUCAGGUGAUAGUAAGACUAAUGACAGUCAUCGUUCGAAAAGCCAGGAAAAUAAAGAUGUUCCGAAUAUGUUGGACAUUCUAAAGGAUAUGAAUAAGGUUAAGCUCCGUGCUGUGGAACGGUCACCUGGAGGUAGACCCAUUCAUAAGAGGAAAAGACAAGAUUCACACUGGGAUCCAGUGUCUUUAAUAUCCCAUGCACUUAAACAGAAAUUUGCAUUCCAAGAAGAUGAUUCCUUUGAGAAAGAAAAUAGGUCUUGGGAGUCUUCUCCAUUUUCUAGUCCAGAAACUUCAAGAGUGAGCUAUAAUAACGUAAAGUUAAUUUUUUAA